CGUGAGUGUCUGUAACUAAUGCAAACCUUGAACUGGCAGAUGCCCUUAUCCAGAGCUUUGCAAAAUAACAUUUAUUUCUGUUUUUCAGCCUCAACGUUCAUCUCGUGCUCCCAGCUCUCUGUGCACUUGAACAUUCAUGGAGUUUUUUGGGCGCUAAUACAUGCAAACAAGCUGUGUCAGGACGCGCUUUGUGAUUUACGGGUGAUCAUUAGAUGCAAGCGAGUACAAAGAAAAUCAGACUUUCUGAAACUUUUGUAAAUCCGGCAGUAAAUUUUUUGUUCGGUUCACUUACGCAAACAUUUACACACAACUUUACUAAAAACUUGUUAAAUGCUUACUAUUGUUUGAGGAGCGAAACGUUACCCUAUUAUACUCCAGCACAAUAGAUGGCGGUAAAAGCACUUGUCAUCGGUUUGCGAGACGCUAGCUAAACUAGCGAAGAAGAAGAAGGCGACGACUACGGCGAAGAAGAAGAAGAAGGAGCAGCGGCAGAAGAAGAAGAAGAAAUAAAAAUAAAAAUAAACGUGAAUAACGUUGCUAGCUAAAUUGGAAAUAUAUUUAAAUAGGUAGUACAGCAAAACAUAAGAUAUAGGGAUCAAAGAGCCACUAUGCAAAUGCUGUGAGUGAUUGGUAGACCAAGAUGCAACUGCUUCUGUGCACGGGUCAUGGAGAAAGCAAUAAAAUCAGCUGGUUGCAAAGGGAACGCGUCCCCACUAAAUUAUUUAAGAACUAUACAGAACAGCAAAGAGCAAACUGUACAGAUCUCCAGCAAAGAGUGCAGAGCUGUGGGCUUUGUGUUGGUGCAUGCAGCCUUGAGAAGCAAAACUUAAAUACCUGGGCUUCCAAAUGGUGCAGUGAUAAAGCGCGCGCCUUAUGGGCAGGGUAUCAUUCCGAAUCCAAAGCCAAGGAGUAUAAACAUGUGUGCAAACGAGCCUGUCAGAAAGCCAUGGAGAGGUUGAGAAAUGGUGCCAUGGCAGUGGAGGCAGUGACUGCAGCUCUUAUAGAGCUAGAGGAUUCACCAUUCACCAAUGCUGGUACAGGCUCCAAUCUAAACCUGGUUGGGGAUAUUGAAUGUGAUGCCAGCAUCAUGGAGGGAAAAUCGUUAGAUUAUGGAGCAGUUGGUGCUUUAAGCGGAAUCAAGAAUCCAGUAUUGGUGGCCAGAACACUACUGAAUGAAGCACAGAAAGGGAAACUUUCAGCUGGAAGAAUUCCUCCCUGUUUUUUAGCUGGAAUUGGAGCUCAACAAUGGGCUAUCAGUCAUGGUAUACCUCCAUGUCCUUCGGAGAAGAUGGCCACCAAAUUUAGUUUGUCAGCCUACAAAAGGAAUAAACGAAAGAUGGAGAUGGCAGAGAAGAUGGAACCAGAACAUAACUCUUUUAAGAGACGGCGACAAUCAAGUGGAACUCAGGUGAAUGAAAUGGUUGAUUUAGAGGAGCCUGCCUCUCUGGAUACUGUUGGAGCUGUUGUUGUGGACCAGCAAGGGAAUGUCGCAGCCGCUGUCUCUAGUGGAGGAUUAGCUAUGAAACACCCAGGGCGAGUAGGCCAGGCUGCGCAGUAUGGGUGUGGCUGUUGGGCUGAAAAUGCCCAUGAUGCUAGAACUUAUUCGACAGCCGUGAGUACCUCAGGUUGUGGAGAGCAUCUGAUGCGCACCAUGUUAGCUAGAGAGUGCGCCACAGCUAUGCAGGCUGACAGCGCUCAUCAGGCUCUCCUGGAGGCUAUGCAAAACAAGUUUAUUGGCUCACCAUUUCUGGCCAGUGAGGAUGGUGUUCUGGGUGGAAUAAUUGUUCUGAGAUGCUGUAGAUGUGGAGAGGACCACAGCUCUGGUAAUUUGCAGGCCUUACUGGUGGAGUUUCUGUGGACUCACACUACAGAGAGUAUGUGUGUGGGGUACAUGUCUGCAAAUGACAGGAAAGCUAGGGCUCAUAUAUCCAGACUGCCUCCUGGGGCUGUGGCAGGACACUCACUGGCGAUUGAAGGUGGAGUGUGUCGACUGGGGGGUUGCACCGCAGUUCUUGACAUGUGCAACAAGAAGGACAUAAAAAAAGCAACAUGAAGACAGGUCUGUCUGUCACUCCAAAUUCAUUCAGAACUGUGACUAGACAUAAUGAAGUCUCUAUGUUGGUAGGAACCUUACCCUUGCCUGUCCUCCAAUGUGAGUAUGUGAAGUCUAUUUACAUAUGUAACUGUAGUUCUAUGAACCCUGGAUAACUAGCAGUGGUGGUGAGAAUCACCUGCAUAUCUUCUUGUGCACAGGCACACACAUGCAGAUACCAUCAACAAAGUCACACCUGUUCCAGCAUGACAGUGCUUCUGUGCACAAAUCAAGGUGUAUAGAGACAUAGUUUGCCAGGGUUGGUGUGGAAGAACAGAGCCCUGACCUCAACCCCACUGAACACCUUUAUGAUGAAUUAGAACAUGGACUGCACCCUAGGCCUUCUCACCCAACAUGAGUGCCCAUCCACACUAAUGUUCUUGCAGCUGAAUGAGCAAAAAAUCCCUACAGUUAUGUUCCAGAAACUUCCAAAAGGAGUCCAAUAAUUAGGCCUUACAUUGGCUGAUGGUCCAGAGGAGAGGGAUGAUCAUGAUUGUGUUGUCUACUCCCCACCCAGCAGUAAUUAACAGCCAUGGAACUCUAUGCCUGUGGUCCCUUACCGCCCACUUUCUCAGCUCAACAAGCUGAACUUGUGGCUGUAACUGAAACAUGCAAAAGUGAGCUGGCUAUUGGGAAACUUGUCACAAGGUCAGUGCAACACCUCAAAGGCGACUCCUGUUUGCAAAAUGAUUACUCUUCUCGGCCGAGAAAAAGGAUGUCCUGGUGGUUGUGUACACAUUUUUUCACUGGGUAAAAGCCUAUUGCACAGUGAGAGACACUGUAGCACACACAGCUAAAAUGCUAAUGCAUAAUUUUAUUCUUUGUUGGGUAAAUACUCAGUAGAUUGAAUCAGAACAGGGCACACAUUUUGCUGGGCAGGUAGUACAAGAAUUUUUCUCUUGAAAAUAAUCUGGAAGUUGCCUUGCCCUUACAGGCCGCAAGCCUCAGGACAGGUGGAAUGUGUGAACCAUGUCAUCAAAGAGCAGUUUAACAAAUUCCACAAAGAAGGGGUAAAAUGGGCUGAUGUCCUAUCUGUAGUGCUUUGUACUAUAAGGGCAACCAGUAACAAGAUGGUAGGUCUGAUCCCCUACAAAAUCAUUUUUGGGAGACAAAUGAUGGUCCCAGGAGUGCUUGAUCUCUGGAAAGCAGACGCCCACUUGCUGUCAGACGCAUUGGCUAAUUACUGCCAUAGUCUAACUCAGGCAGUAUACAGUGCUCAAAGACAGUUUCAGGAUGCAUGGGCCAGGUUCAGGAUGCAUGGGUUGAUUACAGAUGCUGCUGUAAAGUGUGAAGGAAAGAAGACAUGGACACAUGUCUCCCUUUGGAAAGUUGUACCACCACCCCAGGAAGGAAAAGUGGGUUAAUCAGGGAGAGUGCUCUGAGAGGAUCCAGUGAUGUUAGGAUCCGGGGAUCAAAAUCAGAGUAGAGCUUCCCUACUACCCUACUACCAGAGUACUACCUUCCCUACUGGCAAAAUCAACUAUGGAGCUUCGAACCUCAACAUAGUGAUGAACACUUCACUAUCUCUCUCUCUCUCUCUCUCUCUCUCUCUUUCUCUCUCUUUCUCUCUCUCCCCAUCCCUCCCUCACUCUCCUUCUCUUCUUUUUAUUACCACAGGAGCUGAAGCCCAGGUAAGCUGACAUUGCCUGUGAGAGGAGACCAGGGAGGACAACCAGCUGUGGAUGUGGAACUUCUGAUAGCCACUGAGAAUGGGAUGAAUCGUGCUGAUCUGCUUGGCUUUGUGGGACUGCAUUCGCAUGCCACAUGCGGACACACACCACCACUCCAUAAAUGAACUGCAUGAAAAAUGAGCAACUCUUGCCUGCUGACACCAUGCAUACAAGGCAUUUUUGCAAAAACACAGACACCACAGUAAAGUCUAAACUACUUCCUAGGAAGCUGAUAGUUUGCUUUGCAAAGGGAAAAGACACAGCUUCAUACAAGUCAGGCAGAUAUGCAAUUUUUUGUGAUUCCGUAUGAAACGAAAUAUUUGCUGUUCAAUUUUAUUUGUAUAGCACUUUUAACAAUAGACAUUGUCACAAAGCAGCUUUACAGAAAUAAAUACAUUCAGGAUAUAAAUUGUAACUGUAUUAAUUUAUCCCUAAUGAGCAAGCCAGAGGUGACAGUGGCAAUAUGAGGAAGAAACCUUGAGAGGGACCAGACUCAAAAGGGAACCCAUCCUCAUCUGGGUGACAACGGAUAGUGCAAUUAUAAAUAAAUCCCUUUCAUAACUAUGUACUACAUGGACAAAUAGUGCAGUUGUGUAGCCGGGAAAUUGAUUACAAUUUCACUAUAAUUUCAUCUCCACUGAUGGAGACCUGAGUGCAAAACUGCGGCAACCACAGCUCCAAAGCCAUCCCAGUACAACUGCCCAUAUGAACUGCAGUCCAGAGCCAUCUCUGCGGUCACCAAGCAGCACCUUCACUAGCAAUCCCAGUGAUCUUCAGGCCGUCCAUGUGGGGCUACCCCCAGCAGCAGUGAGUGAUCUCCAACCGAUGAGAACUCCAACCAGAAGUAGGGCAUCAGGAUGGAUCCGGCAGAUCCGGAGAGCAGAAUGGGUCUGGAAAUGCUGGUAUCUCAGGAGUAGAGUGUGCAGCUCGACAGAGAGGGAGAGGGAGGGAGAGAUUGUUAGUUAUGCUUUUUGUUGUGUAAUAGUUAAGGACAAAUGCAAUUCAUUGCUAAAAACGCUUGUUACGUAUGUAACUGUGGUUCUGUGAAUUCCGGAUAACCGCCAGAGGUGGUGGUAAGCACUACUGGAUAAUCGCUGCGCCAGCUCGAUAGGUCGAGAAGGAAAUACCAACAGUCUCACGUCAUGACGUAGACCGAGAUGCGAGGAUAUAAACCACAGCAGCUCGGUGCCCAGCCUCAGAAUGCUUUCUCGCGCAUUUCAAAUGACGAGGAACUCUGGCGGUCAUCCGGAAUUCACAGAACCACAGUUACAUACGUAACAAGCGUUCUGUUUCAUUCCUCCUGACCGCCAGAGGCGGUGCUAAGCACUACUGUAUGACACAUACCAACAUAGUCAUGAGGAAUGCCACCCACCUGCAUCAAGGAUGCUCCAGAAGGACUGCAGAACUCACAUUAUGGGAAGCAGCCACAUUGACCUUGUAGAAACACGCAAAGGUACAUGGAGAGGACCAGGUAGCAGCUGCACAGACCUCCGCCAAGGAAACUCCCCGUAAAGCGGCCCAAGAUGAAGAGACAGCCCUGGUAGAGUGACAAGUGAUACCCACUGGUAAAGGUUGGGUAGAAUGACUAUACGCCAGCUUUAUCACCUCGACAAUCCAGUGUGCCAGUCUUUGCUUAGACAAAGGAGCACCCUUGCGUACCUCACCAUAACAGACAAAUAACUGAUCCGUCUGUCUGAAAGAAGCAGUAGACUUAACAUAGCACCUUAAAGCUCCUACGGGACACAGCAGAUGAGACAUCCUCCCAAUCGCAUCAGAGGAAGAAAGAGGAGAUUGAAAAGCAGCGAGAUGAAUAGACUGGUUCACAAAUUGAGGUGACAAGACCUUAGGAAGGAAAGCUGGAUUAGGCUGAAGAAUGACCCCAGAAUUCUCUGGUAACCAGCGUAAGCACGAUUCACUCACUGACAGAGCAUGAAGCUCACCAAUGAGUUUAGCGGAAGCAAUGGCUAACAGAAAAGACACUUUCAGGGACAGCCACUUAAUAUCCACAGCAUCCAAUAGCUCAAACUGUGGUGUACAACGAAAAUCUAAAACAAGCGGCAAGUCCCAAACAGGAACGAGAGUAGAACGAACAGGCCUUAAACGCCUUGCUCCCUUCAGAAAACUACAUACAAGUUUGUGAGACCCCAAGGAUGCACCAUCGACCGGGGCAUGAUAAGUAGAGAUGGCAGCAACAUAUUGCCAAAUCAGCUGCACCACAUCCGGGUGAAGCCUCCAUUUGCCCGGAAGCAGUAGAUCCCUGGACAGAGCAUCUACUACUUGAUUGUCCGUUCCUGGAAGAUAAACUGCCUUUAAUGAAGCCAGUCGGCCUUGAGACCAUCUGAGGAUCUUGCGAGUUAGUUGUAAGGAAGCGAGAGACCUGGUGCCGCCCUGGUGAUUCAAAUGAAAAACUGUUGACGUUGUUGGACCGGACAAGUACAUGGCGGCCUAACAGGCUUGGUAAGAAGUGUUGUAGCGCUAGAUACACCGCCUUCAGUUCCAGAACAUUGAUAUGUUCUAAGGCCUCCUUCACUGACCAGCGGCCACCAAUCCCCCUCUGGUUCCAUGUUGCCCCCCAUCCUGUCAGUGAAGCAUCGGUUGUGAUCACUUCCCGACGAGAGGGCACCAUGCCUAGUGGCACUCCAGCCCUCAGAAGUGUUACCCGUUUCCAGGGUUUCAGUGCUCUGACACAAGCAGAAGAAACAACAAUCAUGCGAUGGCGAUGUCUCGAUGAGUUUAGCCCUAAGCUGAAAUCCAUCUGCGGACUUCCGGGUUUCGAUAUGAGAGAGUAGCAUGCACUUGACGACAGCUCCGUAAAAAAUCUAAUAUAACUUCGUCAGAACAUCUUUUUAGCAAUUGUGAACAUUGAUAAAAUUAUAGUCUCACGUCCUAGAAACUACUAGCCGACUUUAGGAUUUAAUUUGUCCAGUUUUCCAAACAUGCCGGCCAAAUCUCGGAAAACACCGGACCAGGCCACGACUGCCUCCGGCUUUAAUGUUGAAGAAGCGCCUGAAGAAGAUUCUCCAGAGGCGGGUAGUUCAGUCAUCCUCAACACGAUCUCUUCCCUUCGCGCAGAACUUCUUUCAAUCAAAUCGGACAUUUGAUAUCUGCAUACUGAACAUUAAAGAGGGCAUGUAUAAAAUAUCUGCAUACUGAACAUUUAAAGAGGGCACUGAAUCUGGAGUAAAGCCUAGAGAUUUCAUUGCCAAACUCCUCGCAGAGGCCCUGUCGUUAGAGAAACCCCCGCACGUGGACCGAUCCCACCGAGCUCUACGCGCCCAUCUUGGAAAUGAUGAACCACCUCGAGCCUUCAUUCUGCGCUUGCAUUAUGUCCACGAGAGGGAAGAAAUAAUGCAAAAGGCGGUCAGGAUGCAGCAGAUUCUCUUCAGGGGCCAAAGAAUCAACAACUAUUUGCCUACUGUGGUAAAGCGACGCGCACUUUUCAAAUGCGCGAGGGAGUUGCUGAAGGAUAAACCCGGAGUCAAAUACGGUCUGCAAUACCCUGCUAAACUGAGGGUCUCGCACAACGGCAAAGAGUUCUAAUUCACCAGUCCAGAUAAAGUGGUCAGGUUUGCUGAAAGCAACUUUGAAAUUCCAGAACCAGUUUAAAGGAUGUCAUUGGACUGAGUCAAGUAAGAUCAGAAUAAUGUGACCGACGAACUUUAAUCAUAAGCAUUGACUCUUUACAUGGCUGUUUACAUGACUCUUGUUGUGUUAUGUUAUAUUGAGAUGCUCCCCUUGAACUCCUUAUUACGGAGCUGUGCUGAUAUGAGUUUUUGGAAGUAUAAGGUUUGAUACUUUUUGAAGGGUUUUGUUAGGUUUUAUUUGACUGUAUCUUUUAUAUAAUUUGUUAUUAUUUUUUACUUAACUUGUUGUGUAAUUUCGUAUCGCGCCGCGAGUUCUAGUUAGUCGGUUAGAUGACGGGAUUAAUGUUUACGUUUUGGGGAAUGUGGAAUGAGGGCCUGUUUAAAAUACUCCAAGGUAGUAAACAAGCAGUGAAGAUGAUCGGCUUGAUUUUUAAUCAAGCAAAAAAAUAACAACUCAAAGUAAAACUCAAAUUUAUCUCAUGGAUUGUUAAAGGAUUAAAUCAUCCUGUUAAAAGAAGCAAGACAUUAUCACAAAAAUAUCUAAAAUCAUCUAAAAUCUCUCCCCUCAGAUAUAGUCUUUCUGUAGGAAACUUAUCUCAAAGUUGACUCUAAGGACAAACUAAAAGGUAGUUGGAUAGGACAGAUCUAUCAAUCUGAUUUUUCAGUUAAAUCUAGGGAGGUUGCUAUUUUAUUUCGAAAAGGGGUUCCAUUUAAACAAAACGCUCUGAGAACAGAUAGGGAAGGUCGUUGUAUUAUUCUGUCUGGUGAGAUUUAUGGUUUCCCGAUUACAUUAAUAAAUGUGUACGGUCCAAAUAAUGACGAACCAGACUUUUUUUUAGGAAGGUCUUUUCUCUUAUCCCUAAAUUGUCCCAAACAAAUCUUGUUAUAGGUGGGGACUUUAAUUGUGUCUUUGACACAUAUUUCGAUAGAUAAUCGCUCAAAAUCUCUCCGCAAUCUAAUUCAAGAAAUUUUUUGAAUGCUUUUGUUAAUAAUUCUAGUUUGGUAGACAUAUGGAGACAUAUGCACCCAACCGAAAGAGAUUAUACAUUUCACUCACAUGUACAUAAUGUAUACACCCUUAUUGAUUUUUUUUAGUGGACAGCAAUCUUAUUUCCAAUAUCCUAAACUCUAAAAUUCACGAUAUACUGAUUUCAGACCAUGCCCCAGUUUCAUUUGAAGUCAUUUUCGAUCAAACAUCGUUUAUCCACCACCAUCAUUCCCCCCCUUCAAGGUUGGAUACAACGUUUAAUCAAUGGAAGGAAUUGGGUAUAUGCACAGUCAAGGACCUUUAUCUUGAUGGGGCUUUAGCUUCGUUUAUGCAACUACAACAGAAAUAUAACCUCCCAAAAAAACUUUUUUUUCAGAUUUUUACAAAUAAGGAAUUACUUGCGUACACAUAAUGUUUCCCUAGACGAGGUCCCACCCUCAGUUACUGAUGAUUGUCUCAUACAGUUCAGGGGAAACAAAUGUCAGCUAUCUUUAAUUUAUGAAAGGUUAAUAGCAGCUAUUUCCCGCUCUACAAAGUUGAUCAGAGAGGAAUGGGAGCGAGAGAUUGGAAUUGGAAUCUCUGAGGAGAUUUGGCAGAGUGGCUUGGAGGAUAUUGGUAAACAGUCGGUCAACGCUAGAUUAUACCUCAUUCAAUUUAAGGUUCUACACAGAUUACACUUUUCUAAAAAGAAAUUACAUAGGAUUUUCCCCAGUGUCUCUCCUAUUUGUGAUAAGUGCAAAUCAGAGGAUGCUGAUUUAGCUCAUAGUUUUAUAUUCUGUCAUAAAAUAUAGGGAUUCUGGUAUGAGGCUUUUAAAGUGCUUUCAGAUGUCCUUAAUGUAAACUUGGAUCCAGACCCAGUGCUCAUUAUAUUAGGACAUUCUAAUUAUACAUAUUCAUUGAACAGUGCUCAACAGAAAUUCCUUGCAUAUUGUUUGAUAACAGCCAAGAAACUGUUAUUACUGUUCUGGAAAAAGGUUAAUCCUCCUGCUGCCAAACUAUGGCUUGAGGAGCUGAUAUCUACUCUGCACUUGGAGCAAAUCAGAUAUCUUUUAAAAGGCAACAUUGGACAGUCUCACAAGAUUUGGGACCCUUUCUUCUGUUACCUCAAGAGGAAUUCUAUUCCUUAAUGCAAUGUAUUGUAACUUAAAAGUUGUUUUGAAUGUCACUGUAUCUUAUAUUAACAGGCUGGGGAAGGGGUGUUACAUGUGGGUUUUUUUAUUUACUUAUUUAUUUAGUCAUUCAUUCAUUUUAUUCAUAUUUAUUUUAUUUGUAGGUUUUUGUGCAUAUAAGAAAAUUACUACUGGAACUUGUGAUUAUUGUAAGGUUAUUCGAUGACUGAAUAAAAAACGUAUUUGACAGAAA